AUGGUCGUGGAAGAAUUCCACGUCAAUUUUACGGAAGAUGAGAAAGAGCUGUUGUCUAGUCCUGAAAAAUGGUUUUCCAAAGAAAAGCUGGGUCGAACAGGAAGAUCCAAAACGAGUAAAGCCACGUCAAAGAGAGGAUUUCGGUUACAAAAACUUGUUACUUCACUACUUCGCUCCGAUAAAAGGCAACCUCCAUUGUGUAUUUUCUGUCUUGACGACGGUUCAGAUACCAACGAAGCAUGCGGUCGUCUCCGUUGGUGUCCAGAAAUUCCUUUAUUUUUUGCUGUACAUGAACUUUGUGCUCUUAUGACUCCUGAAGUUCUAACUGUUGAUAACCCAACGCCACUAGGAAAGGAGCUUUUCGAUACAGAUAUGAACCAACUACACGCUGCGUUCACACGAGGGCGAAAACUGGUGAGAGCAUCUUCUUCAUGGGUUCAAUAG